AUGGCUGCUACGGCCAAAGACCCCGCCGCCAUCGAGCUGGCCAAAAUGCUCGAGCACAUCCCCUGGUGCGACGACUACGAAAAGAUGAUUUCCGGUGUCCUAUAUGACGCCCAGGUUCCUGAGCUGGUCCAAGGUCGCUUCCGUGCGAGGCGACUGAUGCACAAGUACAAUACUACGUUUCCUGAGGAUGCCACUGUCGAGUCUCUUGAGUCUCAUCGCACCAAGGCACUUGCCGAAAUCUUUGGCAAAGUUGGCAAAGGCGCAUUCAUUGAGCCUCCCCUCAACGUCGACUACGGCUGCAACAUUACCAUUGGCGAUAAUUUCUACUCCAACUUCAACCUCGUCAUCCUCGACUGCGCCAUCGUGCAGAUUGGCAACCGUGUCAUGUUUGGGCCCUUUGUUUCCAUCUUUUCCGCCACCCACGAGACUGGCGUGCAGUCGCGCCGUGACGGCGUCGAGUAUGCCAAACCUGUCGUCAUCGGUGAUGAUUGCUGGAUCGGUGGCAACACGACAAUCAUGCCCGGUGUCACCAUUGGCAAGGGUUGCACGAUUGGUGCCGGAAGCGUCGUGACAAAGUCGAUUCCUGACUUUUCCGUUGCCAUCGGCACCCCAGCACGCGUGGUUAAGACGGUCGACCCGGUGCCGGAUCUGUAA